AUGGUGUGCGAUGGUAGCGCGAUGUUGUGUUUGGAGUCGCUGGUGACCAGGUGGCGGGAGCGCGGUGACCGUGGGGAGAGACGGACCCGCUCUAGGAGCCUCUGCUCUUCAGCAGCUGAUGGCAGCCUCUUGCAAUUGCUGCAUAGAAGAGCUAGUAGUGCGAUUUCAUCAGCGAGCGAGUUGAUCUCCAGGCGCGGCGUGUUUUCACGGCGGCAAUAUGGGUCCGUGGAACAGUUGUCAGCGACGAGUGAAAUUAGUGGUGCGGUGGAUACGAUCAUACGUCGAUAUCGACUUGAGAACGGCAACUCUCUUGGCGAAAAAGAUGAGCUAUUCGGCCCGCCCAGUGCGCCAGUCCUCGAAAAUCCCGAAUUCCAGACGCGCUGGUACUUCAAAUACUUCCUCGGAAAAAUGCACCAGAACUAUAUAGGAGUAGAUGGCGCGAGAGAACCGUAUCUCUUGAGCGUUGUACAGGAAGGAGCUGGGCUUUUACGAGCUAUACUCUUCAAUAAAAUGGGAGCGCAUAAAAUUUACUUGCCCGCGAGUGCUUGGAGUGGCGGUGGAGGUCAAGCACCGUCGAGGCCCACUCUCAAACAGAUUCUAUCACAGUUCACAGCUAUUGAGAGGAUCGAUAAGAUGCCAAGAGAGAUUACGUGCCCCGAACUACAAAAGGACAUUUUGUUAUUAGAAGAACAGGAGGGGUCAGUAAAUUUCAAGAUUGGAGUGGUCAUCAUGAAGGCGGGUCAGAGGACAGACGACGAGAUGCUAUCUAACGAAAAAGGGAACGCGAAAUGGGAGAGAUUUAUUUCACUUUUGGGAGACAAGAUUCGAUUGAGAGGCUGGAACCGGUUUCGGGGAGGCUUGGAUGUCAAAGGUGACAUGACGGGCAGCCAUUCAAUAUAUACGAUGCAUCAAGGCCACGAAAUCAUGUUUCAUAUAUCGACAAUGUUGCCGUUCUCCAAAGAUAAUAAACAACAGCUCGAAAGGAAACGUCACAUCGGCAAUGACAUAGUCAACAUAGUGUUCACAGAAGACUCCGCGCACAACACUUUCAACCCUCAGUGUGUAAAAAGCCACUUUACACAUAUAUUUGCUGUUGUAUCCGAGGUUGAAGGUGAAGGGUACAGGUUGAGUGUGUACACAGACGACACGGUACCGCCGUUCGGGCCUUCCCUCCCCUGCCCCCCCAUAUUCAGCGACCCACAACUCUUCAGGGAAUUCCUUUUAGUGAAAUUAAUGAAUGGUGAAAAAGCAGCGUUUCAAACACCGACAUUCGCUUUAAAGAGGCAAAGGACGUUGGAUACAUUGAUACGAGAUAUAUACGCUGAACAUUGCUCAGAUCAUAAAGUGCCCAUGUUAUCCCGACGCGCCCUAUCAGAUGUCUGGUCAGGUGGAGCGGGGGCUGGCGGCGCGGGGGCAGCUCGCACUGAAAGAUUCCUUCACGUCGGCCAAGCUCUUAAGCUGGACGCUGUGUUACGUGGCGAUGCACCAACUAGUCUCGUCUCAACUGGUUCCGGUAGUUCCCGUAGAGCACCAUGGGAGGGCAGGUUAUGGCGGGCAGCCCCCCUACCCGCCACGCCAGUCUGUGCAGAACAACUUGCAGAAGGCCGAGUAUUACUCUCUACUACUUCUAACACCUACAUCUUAGAAGAAAGCGGUACAACUCGAGUGAUUCUUCGAUGGGAAGGAUGUGUCAGAUCAGCCCGAGUGACAGAAAGAGCAGGCCUCUUUCGCGUGGGCGCUCGGAUGACAGCAGGUGGGGGGUCUACCACGGGUGGGGCAGGGGGCGCGGGUUUAUACGCUCUUCCAAUACAGGAACUCUGCGCGGGCGCAUGGGCCAUGCGGCCAUUGCAAGAUUGCAAACACGCACGACUUCCUCGAUCGAAAACCACGCACUACUUUGACAUACUAGAACAAGGAGAAGGAGGAAAGACUAUAUUAGCAAUAGCGAUAGGAAGAAGAAUUCUACUUUUAGCUGAAGAGGCAAAGACUGAAAACGAGAUGGGCUUUGAAUAUGUACAUAUCAAAGAUAUCCAACUAAGUGAAACGCCGGUGCUAUUAAAAUUGAUGGAUGGGGAGGUUCCAGUUACCGUGGUCGGAUACAAACAUCACUGGGAAGUACUAGAGACUAGUACAGGACAGGCGGUAAAACGAGCUGAUAGUUCCGAAGAGAACGCGCCAAGACGAGGUGCGCUGGUGAACGCAUUGAGGAUCGGUGACGAUAGGGAUGUUCAGCUUUUGCUCUGUUACAACCAUACUUGCCAUUUCGAAAGAUUAACGACAAAAGGUCUGGAGAGCGAUACCGAAUACGAUUUCCAUUGGACAACUGUUCCUACAGCUGUUGUGUGUGCAUUUCCUUACAUCAUGGCAUUUGCGGAAGAUUUGCUGGAGAUAAGAUUAGUCGCUAAUGGAUCAUUAGUACAUGCAGCUUGUAUCCCUGGCCUUAAAAUUUUGUGUGGAAGAAAGGAUAUCUUCUACGUUGCGUGUGCCCCAGAAUACGUCCCAUUGGGACGAGACAUAGAUCCGUGUUUGGCGCGACAUGAGAAUUAUGAGCUUGUUCGUCAAAUGAGCAAAUGUGGUCCCUACUCUAUUGAUGAUGAUGAUGCAGACUACAAGAUUGAUCAAGCAAGUAGAACUUCAGAAAAUAACUCCGCAUCUAGCCGGAGCAGUUCUAUAUCUUCUGAGCAGGAGAACAUACGCCCACCUUUGCACCGAAUGGCGCCAAUAUCUCCACCAACUUCGCCUCAAGAGAAUAGCGGGCGUUGUGUGCGAAUCUACAAAAUCCCGCAGAGCAAUUUGAGCGCGGCGACCUACCAACGUCAGUCCAUCUCCGCAGACCACGUCGUCACUUCAUACUUUUCUGAUAGGCCCAACAGCAUAAGACAAAAAUUAGCAGAACUUCGUCUUGACAGCAAAUCACGAGGCGGUGGAGAUGAAGAAACUAUUAAUAAUACUAAUACACAAUGA